AGGCGGUGAAAGGCAGCGAGAUCCCACCUGACGUCAUGGCGCGAUAAGCCUCAGAGGGACGGCGUUAGCUCGGCGAGCUGCGCCUUUAAAUACCGCUCGCGCGGAUGCGGACCUUAUUGCGGACCAAACGGGACAGACUGUCGCAGCUAUUUCAUUCACUAUGAAAUCUGAAGUGUAAACUUCCACCACUUCCCUGUCAGUUUUGUUACCGUACUGCGAAGAACAAUGCCGGAGCAGAGCAAUGACUACCGCGUGGUGGUAUUCGGCGCGGGGGGUGUGGGUAAAAGCUCCCUGGUGCUACGCUUUGUGAAGGGGACCUUCCGCGAGAGCUACAUCCCCACCGUGGAGGACACGUACCGGCAGGUGAUCAGCUGCGACAAGAGCAUCUGCACCCUGCAGAUCACCGACACCACCGGCAGUCACCAGUUCCCCGCCAUGCAGCGUCUCUCCAUCUCCAAGGGUCACGCCUUCAUCCUGGUCUACUCCAUCACCAGCCGGCAGUCGCUGGAGGAGCUCAAGCCCAUCUUUGACCAGGUCUGCCAGAUCAAGGGCGACGUGGAGAACAUUCCUAUCAUGCUGGUGGGCAACAAGUGCGACGAGGCCCAGAAUCGGGAGGUGGAGAUGAGCGACGGAGAAGCCAUGUCCAGGAAGUGGAAGUGUGCCUUCAUGGAAACGUCGGCCAAGACCAACCACAACGUCAAGGAGCUCUUUCAGGAGCUGUUGAACUUGGAGAAGCGCAGGACUGUUAGCCUCCAGAUCGACGGCAAGAAGAAUAAGCAGCAGAAGCGGGCGGAGAAACUCAAGGGAAAGUGCGUGGUCAUGUGAGAAGACCAGGCCCUCGCACGGGCCUGUGGGAGCCGGACAACAGAAGCUCAUGCUCCAGUCCGAACUCACCCAGCACCCUCCGCGGUCCACAUUCAGAACUGGGAGGCGAAAAGGAGGUUGAGGGUUAAAUCACUUUUUACAACAAACUACAAGACACAACAGGCGGCCGUAUACAUAAAUAAAUGCUCCCUGUGGUAAAUCAAACACCAAAACAUUACAAAUCAGUCAAUAAAGUUACCCUGCACCUGUAGGGGGUAAGCACUCUCCACGUUUGCACUCAUGCAGCUCUCACUAGCCUCUCAAGCUCACAUUUAAUGCAGCCGUAAAUAUGAGAUAUUCGAGGUGCAUGAGCUCUGCGGCAAGCAUCAGAGAUUACCUGCCAUGAAAUAUGAAAUUUUUAUAUUGCACGAAAAGAUGAUUAAAUCACCUUAAUAAUUGUCCUAUAAGCUUAAAAAUAUUUUGCGUGAGUCAAAAUUCACCUCCAAAGAGCAACGCUAUACUGAAGCAAUACUUCUUAAAGUUUAGAAUGUCUACUAUCCCAAAGUGCUGAAAGGGAUGGAAAUAUUAUCUUUUAAAAUAUAUAUCUCAAUGACAUUAAUAUUUUAUGUUUAAAACUGAGACAAAUAUAUAAAUCUCCCAGUGAACUGAGUUGGAAUGCAUAUCUGCACUGCCUCUCGUGUCAGGAAGACACAUGUCAGAUUGGCGAUAUGGAUACACUACAUUGGCUUUUAUCAGUGAGUUCCUGUAAUUUGCUUGAUUCCUUUUUUGGCUCACUGCAGUAGUGGGGGGGACUCCACUUCCAGCUGACUCUCUUUAUAUUGCAUAUAUAUUUUGUGUUCCUUUCGCAUUUAGCUGAUGGACACGGUUUGCCAUUAUUGAAAGGGAGAUUCUGCCAGACAGCACCCGCAUUGCACACUUAGCAAAGUGUGUUAUGUGAUGCUAAUGGGUGUCACUUUAAACAUUAAUUUAUGGUCACCAUAUUUCCCAGGAUGCUUAGAGAUGUGGUUCUUUUGUACAUAUAUACAGGACAUAACAUACAGAGUACACUGAGUGGGAAAUAUUGAAGACUGAAGCUUUUAUUUAUUAUUUCAGGGUGGAAUUAUCCAUGUCAUUUGUCUAAAAGGCAAAAAGGAACAAUAAAGUGAAUAAAAAGGGAAAGCAAGUUUACUUAAGCCUUAACAUGACCAUUGCGUAUUUACUCAGCCUCAUCCCAGAUAGUCAUGUAAUCUGUUACUCUGUGUGCAACGCAAGUAUAUGUUUAGGAAAGGUAAAUUUUCACCUACAUUCAAUGUCUGAAUCAUCUUUGCAGUAAUACCGUUACAAAAAAUUCGGAAGACCCACCUUAUGCAUUAGCCACAAAGCACAUGACAUAUAACCUGUUGUGUUUUAUCCUAAAUGUUUACAAAAUGUAAAAAUGUACAAAACAUUUUGCUACAAAAUGCUUCCAUUUAUUGAGACGUUCCUUAAACGGUUUUACAUGGCACGCAUUUUCAUUCAUUUCAACCACGGCUUUCACUUCAUUUUGCAAAUAUACAUUAACAUCUUAAGGUAUAUACUUUGUUUGUAUAAUUAUAUGUGAGAGUAUGAAUUAUGCGUAUAUUCAAUGUGGCCUAUAUUCAAGGGAACAUUUUUAAAGGUAUAUAUGUAUUAUUUAAUACUAUUUUUUCUCCAAGGUUAUAAUGUUGCAUUGCACUUGUAUAUGUAAGCAAUGAUCACAGUUUGCGAAAUGGAACUGCAUAUUCAUUAGAACUACACGCAUUCAAAGAAUAUGUGUGUUGUUUCAAUACGAAAAAAUUGAAAACACCAUGGGUAACAUGUUCUAUACAUGUACAUGUAAUAGGGAAGGGCUAAAAUCCAGUAUGUGACACACUAAUGUCUGUAGUUUGUUUAUUGAUUUUUUUAAGCAGGAGAUUUUAGUUUUACGUGUGCCUAUAGCUUUAUAUUUACUUGUAUAUAUCUUGUCACAAAAUAAAGGAAACUACGCAAUUAAUAAAGCACUUGUCUU